UCUAUUAGUAUCACAUGUGCCGACUUAUUAUUUAUCAGUUUUUAGUUUAAUUAUUUAAGCUGUCUGUGAAGAUUUCAGUGAUUUCAACAGGUUAAUGCUGAAAUAUACGAUAAAAGAUUUAUCAAUAAUCGACUGUUAAACGAGUUGGUCAUACCAUUAUUGGGUGCUUUUGUGGAGUAUGGCACAGUAUCAAUUGUUAUACUCGGGUUCCGAAGGAUCAGUAUUAACGGCUCGUCCGAUAGAUUGUUCGAUUCCGGAAUACUUACCCGAACCGUUAUUACUGUCACAUCAUGAUAAAACGAAGACCAUUGUUCCGUCCAAAAUAGAUUAUUCACGUUUCAUCAAUGAAAUCUCAUCAAGACGCCGACCAGCUCAGUUACGAGAAAUAAGCAAAGUGUUGGAGAAACUACCUUCAACUUGCAUUAAAUUCGGUAUAGGCGUGCCAAACGUAUUGACUUUUCCAUUCAAGAAGAUCAGUGUGGAAUUGAUUACUGGUGAAAAUAUUGAACUUAAAGACCAAGAACUAUCCGAUGCCUUACAAUAUCUGGCCUCCGUGGGAUACCGACCUUUGAUAAACUUAUUGGAAGGUAUACAAGAUUGGUUUCAUGGACCGCAAAACUGGGAAGACACAUCCAUCAUGGUAACAUCUGGAGCUCAAGAAGGAUUAUCCAAGGCCGUAGACAUGUGCAUGAGUUGUAAUGAUUCAGUGAUCAUACCUGAUCCAAUAUAUACAGGGGCUAUUGAUUUAUUUAAACCAUACAAUGCUGAAAUCAUAUCGAUAAAACAAGACUCAUAUGGGAUAAUUGUGGAAGAAUUGGAAAAAGUCUUAGUGGAAAGGAAGAUGAAAAUGCUAUCAAUUCCAAAAAUCAUUUAUUUGAAUCCUACUGCAUCAAAUCCAGCAGGCACCACACUAACCACCAACCGAAAACGAGAAAUUUAUCGACUUGCGUGCGAAUACGAUAUGCUUAUUCUUGAAGAUGAUCCAUACUAUUACUUACAUUUUGGACCGGAAAAUCCUGUCAGUCUAUUGUCCAUGGAUACAGAAGGCCGUGUACUCCGAUUUGAUUCUUUUUCAAAAAUCAUGAGCUCUGGGUUACGUGUUGGUUUUAUAACUGGACCCAAAACGUUACUACGUCAAAUGGAGUUACACAUGCAAACAUCAUCUAUGCACACGUCAUCGCUAUCACAAGUGCUUUUAUAUAAGCUUUUAUCAAAAUGGGGCAGAGAUGGUUUGGUUUCUCACUUUAUGCAUGUCAAAGAAUUCUACAAACAAAAACGAGAUCAUAUGAUGGCGGCAGUAGUAAGAGAAUUAGAAGGAUUAGCUGAAUGGAACGAACCCACUGGUGGAAUGUUUCUUUGGUUAAAAAUUAUUGGAGUGGAUGAUACAAGGAAAUUGGUUGCUACAAGAUGCUUGGACAAAUUAAUAAUCUUAGCACCAGGCUAUGCAUUUGUAGAUAAUGUUGAAAGCCCUAGCUCGUUUGUUCGACUUUCAUAUUCCAUCGCUACACCAGAAGAAAUAGAUCGGGGUAUAUCAUUAUUGGCGGAAUGUAUACGAGAAGAACAGCAAUUGUCGUAGCCGAAUUAAAAAUCAAAACUUUUAUUUAUUAUAAUUAUUUGUAUGUUAUUUUAUAAUUUUACUAUUUUUAUUUAA